AUGUCUCAAAUGGAACUCCAAGAUUCGCAUCACCAGCACGAUGGUGAGGGUCAUCAUCCACACUCAUCAGAGAAACUUAAAAAGAGAAUGACUUAUAAACUUCAUCCAACGUACAUGGUGAUUAGAACACAUACAAUUAAUCAAUCGGAUGAUCCCGAUCAACCUCUCAUUCCAAAAUGGAGUGUACCUUUUGAAUAUCGUACUCCAGAUAUGAAAACAGUGCAUCUGGCUUCUCGGAAUUGUUUCUUUGAUAGAAGACAUGCUUUAGACUCUCAGGAAGGACAAUCUGCUUUGGAAAGGCAUAUUCAAGUGGAAGAAGAAAGAAAUCAAACUCUUUUUCAAAAUCCCUAUUUAUUGUUUAGAAUACCAGGAACAGAUCGAACAUUAUUUAUUGCAUGUAUAGUGUUAUUGUUGCUACAAUUCGGAUUGGCUUGUGGAUUGAUGGUUUUCGACUUGGCUGGUCUAAUUUUCCCAGAAGGAUAUGAAUUUAGCAUGUUCGGAAUUUCAAGUAGAAAAUUAUUGUAUUCUGGAAAUGUUGCUUUGAAUGCUUCAGGAUCUACAGCCGCUCGAGUUGUGUAUUUUAUUAUGAAUUUCGCAGUGACGUUUUUGGGAGUUUUGUGUUUGAUAGUUGUCAUGUUGUCUAACAAGAGGCUUCAGCAAUCAAAUUCCAACAACAGCCAUAACAAUGCUGCGAAUGAUACAUCACGCCUAAGAUUUUUGACCAAGUACAGAGAUUGGAUUUUGAGAUUGUUUGCAUUCUAUAUUGUAUCACUGACUGUAUGCAUAUUGGUUACUGCUUUAUUCUUUUUGAGCUCUGGAUUACACUCUUUCGUAGUAUUGGCUGUUCAAUAUGUGGCUUGGAGUUUUAGUCAUAAGGCCAAAGAACGAUCAAUGAUCACCUAUUAUACCACAAGCUCCUUUUAA